AUGAUUUUACAUGAAAUUGGUGUUGAAAAUAUUGAUGAUGAAUUUCAAUUUAGCAACCAAAACUAUUUGAAACAAAUUCUCGGCAAUUUAGCAGCAGAUUCUUCAAAAAAUCGAGCAAAAAGAGACAAAAAACUUCAAAAAUUAACUUUUCGACAUAUUAAUGAUGUUAUUUGUAAUGAAAAACUUGAACAAUUAUCUAUUCGUUUUAAUAAACGGGAAACUUUGGAUAUACAAAAAUGUCAUCAAAAAUUAUUAUAUGAUUUACUUUGUCAAUUAUUGAAGAGCGAUUUAAAUGGACAUUUAACCAAAAAUUUAGUAUUGAGAGAACUUUUUGAUCUUGGGCCUGUUGUGUCGAUUGAAGAACCUGUGAAAAUGAGCAAGUCGCAAAAGAUUGAACGACUAGUCCAAUUUGGUGAACAAAAGAAACAAAUGAAUAUUAACAGAUCAAAAGGUAGAGCAAAAAAGAAUGAUCACAAACAUGCAUUAAUUGAAUAUGAAGAUUGA